UGUCUAGAGCCAUGGCAUCAUAAUGAUGGUAAUAAGAGGUGGAUUAAUUCGGGUGGGACUGUGUAGUACCUCACUGAAGGCCCAGGCCCCAGGCACGCCACUGGUCAAAACAAAUUGUAAUUCGUAACAUACGUAUUACACAUUUGUAAUUGUACGAAUUGUAACAUAGCCUAUCAUACAAAUUGGAUGAUGGACAUCCACAAAUUAAUACGAAAUGUAACAAUUUGAAUGUCUCAGAUUUUUGUUUACUAUGUUAUGUUUACCCCUGAGUCAAGGUUAACGGUACCUCAAUCCUGUUUUCUCUGCUCAUUUCCCUGCAGUGACAGAACCCUGAUGACAAACAAGGGUCCAGCUCUAUCAUGGACUCCACCUCAUUUUGCCUCAGGCUCUUCCUCCUCAUCAUCUGCCUGGCCCCUCUACUGUUCUUUCUGGUGGGACAGGGGAGUGAUGGUGGAUGGGGUCCAAACUCUGACAGAAGCCACAACAUCACCAUCCUGCUGUGGCACUGGCCCUUUGGCCCCUCCUACAAUUUGGAGGGAGACGUGUGCUGGAACCAGUACCGUAUCCCUGACUGCCGCCUGGUGGACCAGCGCGCUCUCUACCCCAGUGCUGACCUGGUGGUCUUCCACCACAGAGAGCUGAUGAACGGCCAGGAGCGGCUGCCCCUCCACCUCCACCGGCCGAGGCACCAGAAGUGGGUCUGGCUCUCUCUGGAGUCCCCUGACAACAGCAGAUACCUGAAGCCCUUCAAUAACGUGUUCAACUGGACCAUGUCCUACCACCACGAUGCUGAUAUCACCAUGCCCUAUGGUAAGCUGCUGCCGAAGGACUGUGAUACUGGUAAUGAUAGCAGCACAGAAGACAUCAUUCCCAAAAAUAAGUCCAUUCUGGCCUGCUGGGUUGUUAGUCACCAUGAGCCUCAGCACAGAAGGAGCUUGGUGUACAAGAGCCUGAAAAGAAGCAUCCCAGUGGAGGUGUAUGGUCGCUUGAGAGGGAGGGUUUUGGCCUCCAGCGACCUGCUGCCCACCAUCUCAAGCUGCUACUUCUACCUGUCCUUCGAGAACUCAAUCUCCAAGGAUUACAUCACUGAGAAGCUCUGGCGGAACGCUUACCAGGCAGGGGCAGUGCCUGUGGUUCUGGGUCCACCGCCAGAUGACUACAUAGCCGUGGCUCCGCCAAACUCCUUCAUCCACGUUGAGGACUUUCCAUCCACCAAGGAGCUGGGGAACUAUCUCCGCCAGCUGCAACUGGACAAGGAGAGAUAUGCUGGAUACUUUGCGUGGCGGCAUAGCUAUCAGGUGAAAGUGUAUACAGACUGGAGGGAGAGGCUGUGUAGCAUCUGCCCCCAGUAUCACAGCCUGCCUGCUCAGAAGGUUUACCAUGACCUGGAAGCCUGGGUCAGGAAGUGA